AUGGCUGCGCUGCUCAGCACAUUCCCCUGGCCGGAGCGGCUGGAGGGGGACGCGGGCGAGGGGCUGUCCCCAGGGCCACCCCCCCGGGCGUCGCAGGGAGAGAAGGGCUCCGAGAGCCGCAUCCGCCGGCCCAUGAACGCGUUCAUGGUGUGGGCGAAGGACGAGAGGAAGAGGCUGGCGGUGCAGAACCCCGACCUGCACAACGCGGAGCUCAGCAAGAUGCUCGGGAAGUCCUGGAAAGCGCUGAGCCUGUCUCAGAAGCGUCCCUACGUGGAGGAGGCCGAGCGGCUGCGGGUGAAGCACAUGCAAGAUUAUCCCAACUACAAGUACCGGCCCCGUCGGAAGAAGCAGGUCAAGCGCAUCGGGAAGCGGGUGGAUCCCGGCUUUCUGCUGGGCAGCCUGACACGGGACCAGAACUCUGUGCCGGAGAAGCGGACCUGCAGCCGGGCCGGGGGGGACAAAGAGGGCCCGGGUGAGUACCCACCCCGCCCGGGGCUGCCGGCUGUGCGGGGGUACCGGGAUGCUCCGGGCAGCGGCAGCAGCACCAGCGUGGACACUUAUCCCUACGGGCUGCCCACCCCGCCGGAGAUGUCCCCCCUGGAUGCCAUAGACCCCGAGCAGAGCUUCUUCUCAUCGCCCUGCCCCGAGGAGCAUCACCGCUCCCACCUCGCCGGUGCCACCUUCUCCCCGGAGUACGCGGGAGGCUCCCUGCCCUGCGGCCACCACCCGCUCAGCCCCAUGCCGCAGCCGGCCACCUGCAUGAUUCCCCCGGCCUCCAGCUGCCCUCCCCUUCCUCCUCCUCCUCCUCCUCCCAGCUACUAUACACCCGCCUUCCCCUCCCUGCCCCCUCCCAACCUCCAUGCCCACUUGGGCCAGCUCUCCCCACCGCCUGACCACCACGGCUUCGACACCUUGGACCAGCUGAGCCAAGCGGAGCUGCUGGGGGAGAUGGACCGCAAUGAGUUUGACCAGUAUCUCAACAACCCUGGCCACGGUGACCACCACGGCGGGGCCUUGGCCAAUGGGCACGUCCCAGCAUCCGGCAGCUCCCACAGCUCUGAGAACAGCCUCAUCUCCGUCCUGGCUGAUGCCACGGCCACCUACUACAAUAACUACAGCGUGUCUUAG